GUGCUGGCUGAGCGUCCGCCCACAGACCACGUGCGCUUUUCAUGAGCUUGGGUGAAUCCCGUAAACCGGUUCCUGUUGAUUACUACUGUCUUGCAUCAUGUUUUAAAAAAAAUUCUCAGGAAAACGUACGCUUCUCUAAACAACAUUCUGUCUGGCGACGAAAACAAACGAAAGGGAAAGCACAAAAUUAACAACAAAACGAAUGCUGCGAAGGACUUACAAGCCCGACAACGCAAAAAUGUGACCACGAUUGAAACAACAACCAACAGAAAAGAUAAGAUAACUCAUUGGUAUCUCCUUAUUGGACCAUUCAAGUGCAACAACAACAACAAGAAUCCAGUUGCGCUUAUCAGCAAUUCAAGACGCAUUUUGAAUGGUGUGCACAAAUAAAUCUGCCGAACGAAAAGGAAAAUUUCUCCCACCACCAUUCAUUAUUUGUGUACGGCAGUUGCAGUCCCGGGUCUGGUCUGGUCAGUCAAUCAUUCGUUCAGUCAUACCUUUAGACCUACUAUCUCAUUGAACUAGUCGUCAGUCGGUCCGUUCGCCUGAAUAAACCCACAUCCACAACGCAACAACGCCAUCGAAGUAUCUCAAGUUCAGUUCAAUAAUUUGCAAUUUGAUAAGACAGGCAGGAUUGCAGGGGGUCGAGCCUCCAGCCAGAGUUCUCUACCUUCAGUUGUUGAGUAUUGUUGGACCAAGAUAAACGCGUCGCGUGCUCGUUUAAAACCUGAAACUUGGUCGCCACAUGUGGAACUAAGUAGUGACACUUGAAAUAAAAAAAACUAGUUCUAUAUUGGCGCAUUCGUUUCGCAACGCGAUUGAUUACUGCUGAUGCAAUACAAAAAUACACUGGAGGCAGAACUGGAUCGAUUAGUGGUACCUGACUAGCAGUGUCUAGUCCCACGGCGAAGGCAAAAAAAGUGUGGUCAGCAACAGAGGCCACCAAACCCAGACGACUCGAACAGGAUCGUUCAUAUUUGUAUACCUACACACAAACACACACACACCCGUUGGACUUGAAUGGUAACAACAAACAAUUAUUUCGUUGAUAAGGCUGUUAUUGUAGAUCCGUUAUCAGAUGAUGAUGAGGCACUAGUCAUAGCCAACCGGGGGUAAAACCGUUAAUGUGUUCUGUGAUAAAUUCAAUCUUUCGGCUGCACUUGAGAGGAAAUCAGUGUGAUCUUGAAAACCAGCAGAGAGCGGAAAAAUAGACUGUUGUUAUCGCGACCAGAUUGGUUUAGUGCUACAUAAGCGCAAAUAUUUGUGACGAAUCACGCGACUGUUGACGACAACAUCAGAUCAUCCUCUUUUGGGGUUGAAUCAUCAGGAAAUAAACACAGGGAUUGAACGGCACAUUACGACUAGAAUUCCAGGAAAACAGUUUCAAGAUGCACGGAAAAGCUGAGGGUGGCGGUUUUAAGACCGGAGCGAUCGAUUUCACCGCUGGAUCGUUGGGUGGCGUCGCCCUGGUCUACGUGAGCCAACCGAUGGACACGGUCAAAGUGAAGAUGCAAACCUUUCCACAGUUGUAUCAGAACAUGGUGGACUGCACGAUGAAAACAUUUAGACGAGAUGGGGUGGUGCGGGGCUUGUACGCUGGGACCAUUCCAGCUAUCAUUGCCAAUGUGGCUGAAAAUUCAGUAUUAUUCGCGGCGUACGGUGCCUGCCAGAACGUAGUGGCCAACGUCACCCGGAAGCCAUCGGUAGCCGACCUUAGUGCCCUGGAUAAUGCCACAGCCGGUUUCCUGGCAGCCUUUUUCUCCUCAUUCACACUCUGUCCCACAGAGCUGAUCAAAUGCAAACUACAAGCCCUUAGAGAAGUCCAGCAAAACAAUCUAAAGCCACACGAGAAGGUUCCCAAACUUUCGCCCUAUCAGCUAACGAGGACUAUUUUGCGAACCGAAGGGAUACCGGGCAUGUUUCGAGGCCUCUCUUCGACGUUUGCCCGCGAAAUGCCCGGAUACUUUUUCUUUUUCGGAGGCUACGAAGCGACCCGCAGUUUGCUAGCCAAACCGGGACAAUCGAAGGACGAUAUCGGACCGAUCAACACCAUGGUAGCGGGGGCGGUCGGAGGAGUGGCCCUGUGGACAGCCAUCUUCCCGGCCGACGUAAUCAAGAGCAGGAUUCAGGUACAAAGUCUAACGCUCAGUAUGACCCAGGUCGGAAUGGAUAUCUUCCGGAAGGAAGGCUUCAUGGCCCUUUACAACGGAUUGCAACCCACCAUUGUGAGGACCAUUCCGGCCACGGCAGUUCUUUUUGUCGUCUACGAGUAUACCAAGAAAAUCUUAACCGAAUUGCUUUAGUUUUUAGAUUGAUUUAUUACGGUUUUUGUUUGGUUUGACUAUUUAAGUACGUAGGUUUAAUUUCCGCAAUAGAACUAUUAGAUUAGAGCGAAUAAAAAAGCCCAGGUUGUGUUUUAGUACUAAGGAAA